CUGCUGCCGCCGCUGCUGGAUGUGAAACAGGAAGUGAACGUCACUGACACAGGAAUGGGACUGGAAAAAAAGAAAACACCACCAUGAUGAUGAGGAGAAUGUCAAAUCCACUCCUUUAGGACAACCAAAAACCCUCGUUUCAACUCAGGAGGAGGAUGAAUCGUCGUGUCCGAGCAGGAAUUGAGGAAUCAGGAAGGGCACCGGCGCAUUGCUAAAUGGAGUCGGAGCAGCUGUACCACAGAGGCUACUGCAGGAACAGCUACAACAGCAUCGCCAGCGCCAGCAGCGACGAGGAGCUACUGGAUGGAGCCGGCGUCAUCAUGGACUUCCACACCACCGAGGACGACAACCUGCUGGAUGGGGACGCUGCCUCCCCAGGGUCUAACUACGCCAUGUCUAACGGGGGUGGGGCACCCAGCAGCACCACCCACCUCUUGGACUUCCUAGAGGAGCCCAUCCCUGGUGUGGGGACCUACGACGACUUCCACACCAUCGACUGGGUCCGUGAGAAGUGCAAGGACCGCGAGAGGCACCGAAAGAUAAACAGUAAGAAAAAGGAGUCUGCAUGGGAGUUCACAAAGAGCCUGUACGAUGCUUGGUCUGGCUGGCUGGUGGUGACGCUCACUGGCUUGGCCUCAGGUGCUUUGGCUGGCCUGAUUGACAUUGCUGCUGAUUGGAUGAACGACCUGAAGGAGGGCGUGUGUCUGAGCGCCAUGUGGUUCAACCACGAGCAGUGCUGCUGGACAUCCAAUGAGACCACCUUCGCUGAGCGGGACAAGUGUCCUCAGUGGAAGAGCUGGGCUGAGCUAAUACUGGGGCAGGCCGAGGGCCCUGGCUCCUACAUCAUGAACUACUUCAUGUACAUCUACUGGGCUCUGUCCUUCGCCUUCCUGGCUGUCUGUCUGGUCAAGGUGUUCGCUCCCUACGCCUGCGGCUCGGGGAUCCCUGAGAUCAAGACCAUCCUGAGUGGGUUUAUAAUCCGGGGCUACCUGGGCAAAUGGACCUUGAUGAUUAAGACCAUCACUCUGGUGUUGGCUGUGGCGUCUGGCCUAAGCCUGGGGAAGGAAGGUCCCCUGGUCCACGUAGCGUGCUGCUGUGGGAACAUCUUCUCCUACCUCUUCCCCAAGUACAGCAAGAAUGAGGCCAAGAAACGAGAGGUUCUCUCUGCUGCGUCGGCGGCUGGGGUGUCCGUCGCUUUUGGGGCCCCGAUCGGAGGAGUGCUCUUCAGCUUGGAGGAGGUGAGCUACUACUUCCCUCUCAAGACGCUGUGGCGCUCCUUCUUCGCUGCCCUGGUGGCGGCUUUCGUCCUGCGCUCCAUCAACCCGUUCGGUAACAGCCGCCUGGUGCUGUUCUACGUGGAGUACCACACGCCGUGGUACCUGUUUGAGCUCAUCCCUUUCAUCCUUCUGGGAGUUUUCGGAGGCCUCUGGGGCGCCUUCUUCAUCCGAGCCAACAUCGCUUGGUGCCGGCGGCGCAAGUCGACACGCUUUGGCAAGUAUCCGGUGUUGGAGGUGAUCUUGGUCGCAGCCAUCACAGCUGUGGUUGCUUUUCCGAACCCGUACACGCGUCAGAACACCAGUGAGCUGAUAAAGGAGCUGUUCACUGACUGUGGGCCGCUGGAGUCCUCGCAGCUCUGCCAGUACCGCAGCCAGAUGAACGGCAGUAAGGCCUUCAAUGACAACCCCAACCGGCCGUCAGGGUCCGGUGUCUACGCCGCCAUGUGGCAGCUCUGCCUGGCGCUCAUCUUUAAAAUCAUCAUGACCAUCUUCACCUUUGGACUCAAGGUACCGUCUGGUUUGUUCAUCCCCAGCAUGGCCAUCGGGGCAAUCGCAGGGAGAAUCGUUGGCAUCGCCGUGGAGCAGCUCGCCUAUUAUCACCACGACUGGUUCUUCUUCAAAGAGUGGUGCGAGGUGGGAGCCGACUGCAUCACUCCAGGGCUCUACGCCAUGGUGGGGGCCGCGGCAUGUCUGGGUGGCGUGACCCGAAUGACCGUCUCCCUGGUUGUCAUUGUCUUCGAGCUGACUGGCGGGCUGGAGUACAUCGUCCCCCUCAUGGCUGCCGUCAUGACCAGCAAAUGGGUGGGCGACGCGUUCGGCCGUGAGGGAAUCUACGAGGCCCACAUCCGUCUGAACGGGUACCCCUUCCUGGACGCCAAGGAGGAAUUCACACACACCACAACAGCCCGGGAGGUGAUGAGGCCUCGACGCAGCGACCCGCCGUUAGCCGUGCUGACGCAGGACGACCUGACGGUGGAGGAGCUGCAGGCCACCAUCAAUGAAACCAGUUAUAAUGGUUUCCCUGUGAUAGUGUCCAAAGAGUCCCAGAGGCUUGUGGGCUUCGCUCUGCGCAGGGACAUCACUAUCGCUAUAGAAAAUGCUCGUCGCAAGCAGGAGGGCAUCAUGUUGAACUCCAGGGUGUACUUCACCCAGCACGCACCCACCCUGCCGGCCGACAGCCCUCGGCCCCUCAAACUUCGCUCCAUCCUGGACAUGAGCCCCUUCACCGUCACCGACCACACCCCCAUGGAGAUCGUGGUGGACAUCUUCAGAAAGCUGGGGCUGCGCCAGUGCCUGGUGACUCACAACGGGAUUGUGUUGGGCAUCAUCACAAAGAAGAAUAUAUUAGAGCAUCUGGAGGAGCUCAAGCAGCACACGGAGCCCCUGGCGGCUUCUUGGUAUUAUCACAAAAAAAGAUAUCCUUCGUCACAUGGCUCAAAUGGCAGACCAAGAUCCCGAGUCCAUCAUGUUCAACUGAUCCGCUCCUUCCAGGGCGGCCGGGGGGGAGGGGGAGACGGCAGCGAGGAGGAGGAGGUGUGCCUCCUGGACGGCUCCAAUCUCUGACAUUCGGACCCUGUUAUUUCUUUUUAGUUGUCCGCUCUGUAGACCCUGAACCUCGCCCCACUGAUUGUGGCCCCCAGAGACUUGCCGGCCAUGACAGGGAAAAGACAUGAUAAAAGACUUUGUUAUUAUGAUUCUGGCUGCUGAGGACACAACGAGGUCACGGGCUGAAGGCACACACACACACACACGAGGAAUGCACUUUACACAUGCUCUCAAAAUCACAAAAACACACACUUGCAUUUGCAGACACCUCAAACAUGCAUGCUCUCUCUCUCUCUCUCUCUCCGCACCUACGUGUAACUCCCUAACCUGUAGAGAUAACACCCGUUUGCACUCGUCAUGUGCCUCACCCUUGUCCUGUCUCUGCUGAGGUCUUGGUCGCCUGGCGGGGGUCAAAGGUCAGAAUGAACCGCGGAUGAGGGACGCGAUGAGGGACCUUUGAAACCUCCAGGCUUCACGUUCCUCAACCGCGCUGCACACACACCUGAUCUGUCCGUCCUCCAGAGAAAUACAUUGUUUACCUGUGAAUUAAGUGUGUGUGCGUGUGCGUGUGCGUGUGUGUGCGUCUCUCCCUCGCAACACUACAUUCCAGCCAGCUUACCAUGGGAACUGUGAGGACGUGCACCUUCUUCUCACCCUGAAAACAUGGCAGCAUCCCAUGAUCGCAUGGCACACAGCUGAUCCCCUGGGUGCACAUUGGCCUAAAUGAGACGGCUUUAGCGUGCGUGCGUGGAAGAGAGACAGAGGAGUACUGUAUUUCAAGAACAAAAAUGUUCCCUUUCAGAGGGGAGAAAGUGGAAAAAGUAAGACCUUUUUAUGAGUGUGUGUCUUCAUUUCUGAGCCAGCUUGAGGUGUGUGUGUGUGUUCGUGUGUCCUGUCGAUUCAUUCAAUGUGAAGGGAGGUCGAUUGUGUACGUAAAGAACAAAAGAAAGGAAGAAAUGUCCAGCUUGAUUUCUUCUGUGUUCUCUGUUAAACAGGAAAAAAAAAUCUAUAUAUCAAAUGUCCUUUUUUUCUUCUCAAUCUGUUAUUCUAGCUACUACUUUUAGAUUAUUGAUCUUGCUGUAAUCAAUUAACUUUUUACUGCCUGAAGCAAAAACAAAGCUGGAAAUGUGCACUGUUUUAAGUGAUCGUUAAAGUAGAGGAAGAAGAAGAAUGACGACGAUGCGACUAAUUGCUUUCUGUCUGUCCAUGUCUUACAUUUUCAUACAGGACCUGGUAUUUGUCACGUGAUAUUCUUCUUCUUUAGUUUAUUUAAAAGGGCGGCCCGUCGUCUUCUCUCUAGAGACACUCCAUCUUUAGAAGCAUGAACCUCAUGUACACAACACCAACCUAGGUUUCCACCCUGGCAAAGACUUAAAAAUGUGAAGAGAGAUUUUAACUCUCUGGCACUUGCUGUCCACAGCACACUUUGAUUAAAUAGCAUUUCCAGUUUUGACAGUUGAUGGUGUUUGAUUCAUUCUCCAUUAUGUGCCAGAUGGGUGGGAAGCAGAGGCACGAGACAGUUAAGAUAGUUAAUGUUGAAUUGUAAAUUGAUUGCAACAUGCUAUAAAAUGACAAAAUACAGGACAAACAAAACCAGUACAGAAGAUCAAUAAAUGUUCCAACAAAAACACACUGAGGUUUAAAAAGUUACAACAAUUUGAUUAUUGUUUUCAAUUAUUCAAGCUCAAGUUCGUUAAAAUAGCCCAAAUAUACGCCUCUAAUUGCUUGAUUUGUGGUCCAAAACAAACGGUUUCGAGCCAUAAUGAUAUAAACCACACUAAAGCUGUAAACACUCACAUUUUAGUAGCUGGAACAAGUGAAUAUUUUUAACUUUUCUUCCAAACUUGGUACCUCCAGCACAGAUAUGGUAGAUCAUUUUUAUUUUUUAAACUUGUGACACCUUUUAAAGAAAGCUUUCAGCCCCUCAGCGGAGGUUUGAAAUGAGUUGUGAACAGUUUAAAAACAAAGAGUGAUGUUUUACACCUAUGUUUUUAAUAAAAAACAUUAAUAUAGUUGAUAAAAUAAUCUACCACAUGGAUAUUUCAGUGAGUGCUGAUGUUUGAUGGUCCUGGAGUCGGCAGCAAGUGGGUCGAGAUUUUUUGUUUUGUUUUGCCAGCUGCUGUUUUUAAGGAUAAGCUUGAAAAAACUUUAAAAAUGUAUUUUGUUAUGUUACAUUUCCUGUCAAUCAUCUCGCGACACUCAAGGACCAAUGGGAUCGAUGUAAAACAAACACACAAGGUUCGAGUCUUGCUACACGCGCCUGGCUAAGGUUUUCACAACCACUAAAUUAACUCCUACUCCCACUAACCUCUGAACAUAACGUGCAAACAAUGAAGAGAUGGUGACGCGCGGACACACAGUAGACCCUGUAGAGUGCAUGCGCGAGCGUGAGAGGAGAAGGUCAGUUCAUCCUGUGUACUUUGUUUCGUUGCAGUGACCGUCCUGCUGUGGGUGGACACGGAGCAGGUCACCCUAAUUAACCAGUGGUGUGUUGCCUAACAUUGUGUUUCAUACUGAUCUGAUGUUUGUUCCCCCCCCCUUUUUUUUUUUCUUUUUUUUCUUUUUUGUUUAUUUUUCAAUUUAUGGGUAGUGUCGAUAUAGUUGUGCAUUAUUAUGGAGAAUUUUAUGUGUGAUUACAUUGAUUGUUUGAUUGUAAAUUUAAAACAAAAUAUGUAAAGAUUAAAUUUUGUUUUAAAUUAAAAGGAGAAAACGUU